AUGGAUUUGCCAACCGGAGUCGUGCAAGGCGAAGUAGUCGGAGUUCCACAGAUGGAGAUGGAAUGGCAAGGCGAAGUCGGCGGAGCGCCACACAUUGAGAUGGCUCCACAGCAGCAGGACAUGACGGGCAUGGGCAUGUUGCAGUCUCUCCUAGAGCCCCACAGCGGGCUGAUCGUGAAGCAGACGAUGCGAGGAUGCAUCCAGGAGUGUUUGGGAUGCGACGCCAAAUCUGAGUACAAGAUCGCGCCGCUAGACCCUGGUGAGAUUCGAGGUGAUUCUGCAUCCGAUCAUGCUCUAGGCGUUCCGGAGACCAUGUAUGCCAUCGAGGAGUCUAACUGCUGCUGCCGAGUCUGUAACCCGGCCGGGCGUGGCUUCGAGAUGAACGUCUCCCAAGGAGGCCCCGGAGGACCACCCGUGGCGAAGUUUAACAAGCCCCUCACAUUCCCUGCGAUCUGCAUGACCAUCCAAAGCAAGUAUGGGAACUACGACUGCCCAUGCUGUUGCUGCCUCCCGAUGAUGACGUCACAUCUUCCGGACGGAUCUUCGCUUCAGUCUGAGUCUCGGUACUACUGCGACGUUUGCCUCUACGUUCCCAAGUUCAAAUACAAGGAGGACGACCAAGAAGUGUACAUCGUGCAUCCAGAGACCUGCUGCGGUGGUGCCUGCAUCGCUUGCGACCCCUGCACCGGGAAGGGACUUUGGUACAUCCCCUAUUACUUCCACCACCCUGCGACCGGCGAGGUGCUCGGUGGAGAAUACGGCGAUCCCUACACCCCGCAGGUACGGAAGGUGUGGGCCGGUUGGAAGAAGGAGUGCUGCAGUUCAGCCGACACCUUCGUGGUCGUUUUCCCGCAACAGGCAACGGUGAGGAGGAAGGCUGGCCUUUUGGGGCUGACCUUUCUCAUCGAUUUUACUAUCUUCGAGGGCCACGACUCCGGAGGUACUUAUGCGACGGAGUAG